AUGUCAAGACCAGAACAUAUUGCACCGCCUGAAUUCUUUUAUAAUGAAGAAGAAGCUGGAAAGUAUGCUAGAAAUACUCGUAUGGCCUAUAUCCAAACAGAAAUGACAGAAAGAGCAUUAGAAUUAUUAGGAAUACCAGAAGAAACUAAAGGAUUACAUAUUCUUGAUCUUGGAUGUGGUUCAGGAUAUUCAGGGGAAACUAUUGAAGAGAAUGGACAUUAUUGGACUGGAAUGGAUAUUUCUCGAGAUAUGUUAAACAUUGCAAAAGAAAAUGGUUCAAGCGUUAUACAAGGAGAUAUGGGAGAUUAUUUACCAUUUAGACCUGGGUCAUUUGAUGGGUGUAUUUCAAUAUCUGCAAUUCAAUGGCUUUGUCAAGCAGACAAAAAAACACAUAAUCCAGUAACAAGAUUAAGAAAAUUAUUUGAAGCACUCUUUGGUUGUCUCAAACGAGGAACAAGAGCAGUUUUUCAAUUAUAUCCAGAAACACCAAAUGAUUUAGAAAUGAUUACUAAUGCUGCAACACAUGCUGGAUUUACUGGUGGAGUUGUAGUAGAUUUUCCAAAUAGUAAAAAAGCAAAGAAAUAUUAUAUUGUGUUAAUGUGUGGUCAACAAAAAGGUGCAUUACCACAAGCUCAAGGAUUAGAAGUUACUGAUGAGAAUGAAGGAAUUAAAGUUGAUAAAAAGAAGUAUAAAGAUGCUACAAAACCAUCAAAAUUAAAAUAUAAAAGUAAAGCAUGGAUCUUUAGAAAGAAAGAAAGACAAAGAGAGAAAGGUAUGGAAGUUCGACCUGACAGUAAAUACACAGGAAGAAGAAGAUCUGGAAAGAAGUUUUAA